AUGACCUACGAUCAUCUCAAGUGCAGGCCUGGUUCCCGCCUUAACCUCGUCAUUGGCCCCAAUGGUUCGGGGAAGAGUUCUCUUGUCUGUGCCAUUGCACUUGGACUCGGUGGAGACCCCCAGGUUCUAUGAUGUCGACCUUCCACCCACCCUCUUUUCUUCAAUUUUCUUUUAGGGUCUACCGUGUAAUUUACUCAGUAACAUUGGCCUUUGAUUGGAGAUAAAAGAGAGCAUCAUCCGAAUGCUCCAUGGUCAAUUUCAUAUUUAGGGCAGCUUCGCUGAAGCGGUCACUAUUUUCACGAUGUGCUCACAGGUACUUGGAAGGGCUUCAAGUAUUGGGGCGUUUGUGAAACGGGGCGAGGAUAAUGGUUACAUAAAGUUAUCACUUAGAGGUUGUACCUCCGAAGAACGAAUCACCGUCAUCAGGAGCAUCAACACUCAGAAUAAAUCUGAGUGGCAGCUCAAUGGUAUAUGUCUUCUUCUUCAAGAUUUUCUUAAUUAAUGUUUGUUUUCUGCAAAUAUUUUUUUCAGAAGCAGAAGCUGAAUAAUUUUCUAAAGCAUGUGCAAACUAUGUGCAAGCUUAAUUUUCUUAAUUAUUCCAGUGAUUGCCGUACUAUGUAGGGAUUUGAGGUCGAUUCUGAAUUGGUCAGUUUGGUCUCAAAACUUUGAGAUGUUGCAUAUAAUGUGAACUACGUUCCUUUCAAUCUUCCACGUAGCCUUCGGAAAUGCUUUUCUGUCAAUUUUAUUGAUCCUUACAAGGCAACAUUCCGAAGUAUAAGAAAGUUACAAGACAUUGGAUCUGAGAAAAAAAUGUUUUCAUGGGAACUAGGCAGUACAUUUCCUAUGGAUGAACAAAUACAUUAGUCCAUCACAAUGCUUGCAUUAGUUCCUGGAGAGAGAUGAUUGUUGGGAAGGUUUUACAACAUAUCUCACCAAUUCGCAGAAUGGACGUUCAUUGUGGAGAUGAUUGUUGGGAAGGUUUAAAACAUAUCUCACCAAUUCGCAGAAUGGACAUGCUCAUUGUGGGGUUAUUGCAUAAUUUACAGGUUCUUGCUAGCACUCAAGCCAACAACAAAUAGAUGGCGAGAAAAAAAACUGCUGAUCCUACUUGGCUCAUAGAUACUUUGUACAACAGUAGUUGCUAAUUGCCGCCUAGGGCUCAUCUGUGAAUCCUUUUUCAUUUUAUUUAUUAUGGAGACUAAAAUAGAUAACUGUCGCUAAACAUGCAUUUUAUUCCUAGACAAAGUAUUCCUUCUGCCUUGUUAUGCUGUAACUUUCCUAGAUGAAACUGUUAUGUAUGCAUAACGAAGAUAUUUCAUGUGACAAUUUGAAUCAAACAGUGCUGUUACACGUUACUUUAGAUAGACUCUUCUAGCUCUUCCUUUAGUAGGCAGAUCCCAUGUAAAACCCCCCUUAGAUUUUGAAUGUCGUUAUCUAGUCUUCUUGAAUUUUCCGUUUUGAUCAUAGGCUGGUGGGGCUGGUGAUGCACAAUUUUUUUGGUUGAUUAGGAUAAAAAAUUGUAACCUUUGGAAUGAUGAAAGAGAUUAUGGCGAAUAGUCUUCUAAGCUACUAGCAUGAUUUCGUCCGGGGGACUCAACAGUUUUCUCCCAUUAUAUUUUACGAGGAUAUGCUAAUGAAAUUUGCAUUGUGAGAUUUACAGUAGAUACAAGAUCAUCAUGCUUAGAGCAUUUUUUUUAUGCUACGUGAUUAAGUUUUUCUUGUAGGUAAUAAUGAAACGCAGGCAUUGUUGGAAUGAAGUCCAGGCAGUAUGUGUUAUAUCAGUGCUUGCCAAUAACUUGCUACUCUGGGAGGGCAUCCGUAAAAAUUAUUUGGAUUUCAUAUAAUCAGAAAUAAUGUGAAGGAUACUAUACUAAGUAGCAUUCGUAAUCUAAACUAAAGAAGUCCUUGAACUUGUAGUAUCUGAAUUUGAUUCAAGAUUUUGUAAUCCAUGAAUAGAAUUGUUUACUGUUAAUGUUGAUCAAUGCAUAACUAUUGGUAUCUCUUAUAUGAUGUCAAAGCUUUAUUGUUGGUUGAAGUCUCUUCUUGUUUUAUGCUCUAAAGUGGGUUAUUUUUCAGGAGUCAAGGUACCCAAACGGGAUGUCAUUGAAACUAUUCAAAAGUUUAACAUUCAAGUCAACAAUCUCACUCAAGUAAGCAACAAUUGUUUUGUUUUAAGUUAAGUUGUAAAAUGUGUUUAAAAUAAGUUGAUGAAGGUGGAUGAAAAAUAAGUUUUUCAAUGCAUAUCUUGUAAAUAGAUGCAUAUCAUCUGAUGAUACUUGUGUUACAGUUCACUUUUCCCUUCACUUCUCAAAGAUGAAAACUACUGCUUCAUUAAGGCUAGCACAGCUUUUGGAAUUGCUUUCUUGUUGAGUGGUGACACAGUAAGAAAUUGAGAAGUAGAAUGAACCUUGAUUCUACAAGGAUUGAAAAGGGUUCCCUUGAAUUUAUGGAGAGAGAGAGAGAGAGAGAGAGAGAGAGAGAGAGAGAGAGAGAGAGAGAGAGAGAGAGAGAGAGAGAGAGAGAGAUCAAAAUAACACUUUGGGAUGAAAACCUAUGUUUCUUUACUUUUCGUGCUCAUUUACAAUGACAAAAAUUAGCUAUGGACCUUUCGUGUUAGGCAUGUGGGUAAUCGGAGGUUCACGUGAGGGUUAAUUGGGGUAAUUAUGCCAAUGCCUUGCAGGAGAGAAAGUGACUAUUAGGGUUUGUAUAAGAUGAAGGGAGGGAGGAUGAGAUUUUGUGGCAGGCGGCAGGUCGUUGAUAAGAGAAAUGACCUUCUCGAAAGGUCACCAUGAACUGGAGCUAGGGUUCCUUCCGGAACCCAAUCUCUCCCCUUUUUGGUAUCCAAAAACUUGAUUUUUCUCUUUCUUUGCAUUCCAAUCUUGGGUUCCUUUCAACUUGUAUCAGAGCCAGUUUUGAUACCCCCCAACGUUAAUGACAGUAGAUUGGAAGCCCUAGAGAAAGAAAACUAAGAAGUCAGGGAGGGGUUACAGUGGAUACGUGAUAUGGAGAGUCUUCCACAGCAGCUGAGCGGAGUAGAGGAGAGUUUGAAAACCCUAAUGUAGGGAAUGGUGCAAAUGGCGCAAGCCAUGGAGGAGAUGUAACUCUCAAGUCAUUAGACAAGGAGAUCUGAUGCCAAAUGGAAGAAUCCAAUGGCAGAAGGAGAAGCAAGUGCAGGUGAAAAUUUUCCUUUAGAAGAUGCAUUUCGAUGAUAGAGAAGCCAUUUUAGAGUGGAGGAAUUCCCUGACUUCAGAACAAGAACAGACCGAAUGGGAGAUGCUGCGUAUGAGUCAUGGAGAGGUUGACUAGAAAUGCCCACCUCCAGUUGGGAAUAUCUAGACAAAUGAAUCUCUUUUAGGGUAGAAUUAUAUUUUUUCUAUGAACAGUUUAUAUGAAGUGGAGAAAUUAGUGGUAAGUAGGGAUGAGUUUUGAAGAGGAAACAUUAGCAUGAUUUUGUUGGACGGAUGCUAGAGAUCUUUUCUGGAGUUGGAAGGUCAUCAAACAACAAUUAUUGGAAAGGUUUGGAACGUCACAAGUCGGGAGUCAGUGAGAGUGGUCCCUAGACAUUAAGUAACAUAGGACAUUGGCGGAAUUAGAGCAUGAUUUUGAAAUCAUGUCAGCAUCCAUGGAAGACCUACGUAAUGAAGUGUUAUCUUCAUCAAAGUGUUGAAGCCAGAGAUCUGAACAGAAGUCAGGUUACAUAACCUGAUGGGGCUUUGGUCAAUUAUGAAGACUGCUCAAUUGGUGGAAGAGAAUAACGGAAUAAUUAGGUCUGAUGGAGACUUGGAUGACCCAAAACCACCAAGACCCAGCCCCUAUGGAGCGUCAAGCACGUUUCUGGGUAAUGGAAGAACUAGGAAUUUAGAUCGAAUUUUAAGUAGGACCUCUGAAUUGGGCAAGAUCAUUAAGCCACUACUGAAUGUAGCCACAACAUGGGGUUUGCAAUCACCUGCUAUCAGAGGAAGUUUGUCCAACAAUCGUGGUGAAAGAAUCAAGUGGUGACUAAAGCUAAUUGAGGGAGAGAUACAACAAGAAGAGCCAAAGAUUAUGCUUCACCUACAGCAAAAAGUAUAACCUAGGGCACUUGUACAAGAGAGUUGUAAAUUCUCGUUGUGCAUGAAGAUGAUCAAGGGACUGGACUUAAUUCAGAUGAAGAAAUAACGGAAGAAUUGAAUUAGGCAUAAGACCAAAGGAUCGAAAUUAUGGAUUCAAAGGGACGACCUACUAACCAUCAAAGCCAUUUGGGAGUUGGUGGCCACAGGACAAUAACAAUCUCAUGGACUCCUCCUUGAGGACCAAGUGGAUCUUACAGGGGGGGAGUAAUGUUAGGUAUGCCAGGAGCCUAACUUACUCCACGAGUAAGAGGGCAUGUUGAUUAUGUAAGGGUCAAGUGAAGGUUAAGUAGGUGUAAUUAGGUCAGUGUCUUUCAUGAGAGAAAUGGGUUAUUAGGGUUAGGACAGGAUAAGGGAAGGGGAGGAUGAGAUUUUGUGGUAGGCGGAAGCUUGUGGAGGAGUGCGGUGUCACUCUUGAAAGAUCACCAUGAACUGGAGCUAGGGUUCGUUCCGGAACCCCAUCUCCCCCCUUGCUAUUAUCUUAGAACUCUAUUUUCCGCUUUCUUUGCACUCCAAUCUCGGGUUCCUAUUAGGAUCACCUAAAAAAUAGGAUGUGAUAACCACAUGGAUCACUUAAAAAAGAGAAAAGGACAAGCGAAAUUGCGUAAAAUAAAAGAUCUAGUGUAGGUAACGUGCUGCUAGUUUGGGUUGUCCAUGUUUCACCCGUUCUAGCCUUUUGAACUUUACUUUUUGGGCCAUAUUCAUUUCUAUCGGUUUUCUGCAAUUGGAUAACAUGAUGCAAUGUUUGGACCGUCCACAUUUCAUCUAAUUGGGCUUUUUCUGCCACUUUUUUGGGCCGUACUCAUUUCCUGCAAUAAUAUUCUACAUCAAGAAACUAUUUUAAGGCUUCUAGAAAGUACUUUUAGCUCAUCAAAUUGCAAUAUGGGAGCUCCAAAUUGAAGACCCCGCCCAAAUAUCAUGUUCAAACAUUCAUAAAUUUAUUAUUAUCUAUCAAGUUCACUAAUGUGCAAGGCCACAUGUUGUCUAAGGAGGGUGCUACUAAUCUGCCUAUAAAGAGGCAUUUUUGUCAUGUUUUCUUGUGUGUUUUAUUUCAUGAAGCUUCGGAAAACGAAGGGAGAAAGCUUCUCAUGGAGAAUUUCUUAGCUGUUCAUUUGUCUUGGUAUGCUUGCUGGUGGACAAUAUAACCUUCGGCCACUUUAAGCAGUGAGAAACCACAUGGUUCCCCCUUUUGAUUUUAUUUCUUGAGAAAUAUUUAGCAUCAGGCUGCCUUGUCUAGUUUGACUAAAAUCCUCGGAAGAUUGCCUGAUCGAAGUCAAAUGACCCAGGUUUCUGGCCCACCAUUCAGAUCUACUAGUUUCUAAUGGAAUCACUGGUAUUGGAAGAAGAUCAUGGAAAAGGUAUGCUUGUGGUUUGAGGGAGGACGUUGGAGGGGGGAACGAGGGUGAAGGAAGAGUAAGGAUAAGGAAAGAAAAAAGGGAAAAGACACCCGCCUGUGAACCAGUUGAAAAUGAUGAAAGUUGCCACUAUUCACCAUUGACUGCAUUGGAAUUUUUCUCUGCUUGCUGCUUCCGGCCCAUUUUUGAGAAGAUGGGUCCAGGAGGUUUAAUAAUAUUGCAUUUUAUUAGGAAAAACUAUUUUUAAACUCUGCUGCAUCCAUACCUAUUUGCAAAAUAUUUUUGAAAACUCGUGUUGACAUCAUUUAAAAUAUUUUGUUGCAGUUCAUUUUGUUGGUGCCCUAAUGGAAAGAGAACAAAAACUGGAAAAAUGUUUUAUGAGUUUUUUUAUCAGUCAUUAUGUUGUCUGUACUCGUCUCCAAAUCGGCAUCAUUCUUCCUGCAUUUUUGUCCCUUGUAAUAAUUAUAAAUUAUUCUUUCAUGCACUAAACUUUUACAUAAUGCUUUAGUCUGUCAUUUCUAAGAAAAAAAAGAUGGCAAGACUUUGCAGAAUUAUCAAGUUUCUCACUAGAUGUGUUCUUAAUGUGCUUCAUUUUUUUUCUGGUUAAAUCACAUUUUUAAUGACUAGAGAGCCCUGGUGACUAUUGCUACAUUUGUUUGGUCUCUCCAGUUCUUACCACAAGAUCGGGUCUGUGAAUUUGCCAAGCUAACUCCAAUACAACUUCUGGAGGAGACUGAAAAGGCUGUCGGCGAUCCAGAGUUACCAGUUCAACAUCGUGCUCUUGUUGAGAAAAGUCAGGAAUUGAAGAAACUGGAACUGGUAACCUUUACAACUGUUUUCAUUUAUAGUUUUUAACUCAACAAUUGCAUAUGUCAACUGGUUGUGAUCUUCAUCGCAUUUGCUUUUAUCAUAAAUUUAUCUUGGACUUUGUUUAUUCUCUUGUAGACUAUCAAACAAAAUGAAGAUACCUUGAAUCAAUUGAGGGCACUUAAUUCUGAACAAGAAAAAGAUGUAGAGCGAGUUCAUCAAAGAAACCAACUUCUGGCUAAGGUCUGUGUGAUCAUUCAUUCGUUUCUCUGCAAGAUAUGCUCCUGAUGAAAUUUUGUCUGUUGUAGGCUGAAUCUAUGAAGAAGAAAUUACCUUGGCUCAGAUACGAUAUGAAGAAAAUGGAAUAUAAGGAAGCCCAGAAAAAAGAGGUUCAAGCCAAGAGAAAGCUGGAUGAAGCUGCUAAAAUUCUCAAUGAUCUCAUCAGACCAAUCGAGUAUGCUCGUAAACAGUUGCUAUACUUAAAUUGAUUUGCAGAGUAUGAAUAGUGGAUAGCUGUUAUGCUGUUUAGGUUUUUCUCAUUUUUCAUUUUGUAAUGGCACACCUUUAAUCCAUACAAACCAGUAGAUGAUCCUUUUUCUAUAAAGAGAAACCUCUAAAUAUAUAAAAGCAGGAUGAGGGAUCUUUACAUUUUCAAGCGAUUAGGUCAAAAAGCUGCAAAUUAUUAUGGUGUAUAGGUGAAGUGAUGAUAUAUAUUUUUGCAUAUAAAGUAUCUUGAUAGAAUUUUCUGUACAGUGGAUCAGCCAGGCAUCAUACAAAUGAGUAAGAAUUCUGUACAGUGUUUUGAGGGCUAGUGAUGCUCCCUUGUAUUCAAAUUUAAGCAUAGCAGAACACAAGGGUUUGAAACAGUCUUAGUGCAGACCCAUUUCAACUUGACAUAUCUUCUCCGCCAUAAAGUAGUUACAUCUGAGGUUAUAUUUUCAACACAAAAGACUGAGGCUAAACCAGUAUAUGGGACAACUCCUUCUGUCUUUGACUGUGUUUGUACUGAAUCUAGUUUUUGUUUCCCUUGCUCUUUGAUUUUGAACAGUCUUCCAGCAGCAUGGUAAAAAAAAAUCCGAUUCAGACUAUGCCAAAUGAAGUUUUAAGGUGAAAUUUGAUCCAUUUCAAAUUAAGUAUAAGUAAAUAUAAAGACCAGCAACAAAUUUGUUGAUCUUCACAAGUUAGUUGGUUUUUCGCUGUGCCCAGAGCGGCACCAAAAGUCCAAGGAAUAAGAAAAGUGCAGAGAACUUAUUCCAUUUAAAAGGACUACGAUUGAGUCUAAUAUGCUUGUUUCGUUUUAUGUCUUCCUUAGAAGUCAUACCAUUGCGAAUUGAUACAUCUGUCGAUUGCACCACGAAGAUAACUACUAAAUAAGGAGCAAAGAAGACUUCCCAAACCUGUUGGAUGUCAAUCGUUUUAGAUUCAAUGCACUGCAAUUGUGAAAGAUAGACUAGCUAGUGUGUUGUGAGAUCACUUUUGUGAAACUUCCAGUGUGACUACCUCCAAGAAAAUAGCUGAUUUUUGAGCAAUGAAUAAUUUUUUGCAAGAUGAAGAUAAUGUCCAAUGGGGAUCAGAACGUUUUAGCAAAUAAUGUUAUUGCGGGGUCUAUUCUUGCUAUUUUUAGACGGAAAUGAGAGGUAGCUACAGCUUGUUUGGAGCAGGGAUCAAUUGGGUGUCAGAUUACACGGCUUUCUCUACAUCUUUGGACUCUGGAAUCCAUCUGCAACAUUGCUGAUUGUUUUGUCAUUCUGAAACAGGUAGAUAGAGGAAUGCUGACAGCUGAAGUACUAAUAUAUAGUAAAUUAGGAAUAGAAGGAACCAAUAACAAAGCUAUCCAGAGACUUACGAUUACGUAUGAAGGGGAAUUUUUUCUCAUGACGAAUGAGUAUCAAUAUAUAUUCAAUUUCUGGUCGAAAAAUCCACCCAGAAAUCAGGCUCAGACUUGUUCAAAAUAGUUAUGGGCUGAAGUACAUGUGUUACUGGGAUUCAAGGAAAGACAUAAAGAACAAGAGGGUGUUGAAGAGGCUGAACAGAGCAAAGACAGAUUCCUAAGAAAGACAUAGGAUGAGAGGCCUGAAGGCCGCUCCAAAAAUGCCUGAAAACUGAGAAAGGCACAUCCUGCUGGCCAGUUAUUAUGUUACGAACGACUGAUAACUUUGAUUCAGCAAUUUGUAGAGGGGAGAAAGUAAAGGGGAAAAAUAUAAUGUAAUUGGCUUCUUUAUAAAUCACAAUGCUGCUGUGCAGAAAAGUAAGGAGAAGAUUGAUGAUCAACACGAGGACAAAAACUAGGAUCCGAUCACAAAAACUAGGAUACCUUUGAAUGGUCUUGUAGGGUGAUAAGUACUGAGAUAAGUGCAGGGUAUAACGGAACUGAUGUAAUAAUAGUCACUGAAACUGUUGCUUAUAUGACAUUUGGAGAGGGUGGUGAGGACUUAAAAUUGAUAAGAGCUGGAAUAAGCAAACAACAACUUGAAGUUCGUCUAUUACAAGAAAGGAAAACCCAAUAAGGUCCUCCCAUAGCACGCUGACUGUAUGUCUAAAAGGAUCUUUUGGACAGUGUGAUCCCCAAAUGUCGGGGAUUUCAUUCCCUGAGUAACAGGAUAGACUGUCAGAGGAAGAUAUUAUUGAUAUAGUGAGGGUCAGAUAUCUCUGAGAAUAUACCUUAGUGUCAAUAGUGGAAGCUGUCACUCCUAUUGCUGCUGUGUGCACAUUCUUCACUAUGGUUUACUAAUGAAUUAAGGGUAUUGGAGAGGAAAGGAGAAAUAUAUGGUUUACUAAUGAAUUUUAUGACAUAGGAACAUUUACGCCAAAUCUUGUCCCUGUGACAUUGAUAUUUUAUGCAUUGUCUAACUCUGUUAGAACAAGAUUGAGGAACCACCAUAGUGAAUGAAUGGGAAGAUAAUGUAGUAUAUGGAUGUACAUGUAGAAAGCUGAUGGUAUAGAAUAGAGUCUUUUCUUCAAGCCGAACUGCCUGAGCAAGUUUUAUUAAAGCGAGACAUUUUGAAUGCCAAAUGUAGUUUCAUUAAAUUUGUAUAGUCUUGUUCAGUGUACACUUUAUGGUCUUAUUAGAUCAGAUUAUAGUAAUUUAAUAUGCUAGGAUCCUCUAAUAGCUAGCUAUUGGCGGCAGAUCUUGAAAAGUCACUUUUCCUUUGUGUAAUUUUUAAUUCUUCUCACUAUUUAAAUUUUUUGUCGUGAAAAGAUUAUAUAGAAUGAAGAGAAGGUUGCGAUUCAAAUGUAGAACUUUUUGUGUCUUUUGUCCUCUAGUCUUAGUGGUUAUGCUCUUGCAUAUAUUAUUAUUAACUUGUUCUAUCAUGUUACUCUCCUGAUGGAUAUUACUAGAGAUCACUUGGAAUAGAUGAAAAUAUAGCUGAUUUUUUAGGGAAAAGAAGAAGGUAAAAGAAGAAAAUGAAAAAGCAGCCAAGAAAUCAGCUAGUGUCAUUGCCGAGAAAGUUAAUAGGUGCAAAGAUCUGCUCAUUCUGGAGAGUCACAAGGUACUUUGUCAUGUUGCAUAGAUUUGAAUAAAUUUGAGUUCUGAUAUUCCCCUAUGUGAUGGUCUGGUUUUGAUAAUUUUAUAGUGCAUGGAAGCUCAAGUAAAACAUACUGAAAUGGAUGAUUUGCGAAAACAAGAGGAAUCACGUCUACACAGGAUCAAGAAAGCUGAAGAUGAUCUUGCUGCGGCAGAAAUCGAGCUAUCAAAUUGCCCUAUUUAUGAACCUCCGAAGGACGAACUUGUAUGCCUCCGAAGGACUGAAAUCGGUUAUUUAUUUACUUAAUUCAUUCGAUAGGUUGUAAUGCUAUUGCAUCUUAGCAUGUGCUUAUUCUUUCAUGGCAUAAUUUUGAUGUUGUUAAAACCAGACCUGUUUACUUGAGCACAUUGUAACUAGUAUUUAACCUUUCAGUGUGUGUCACUUCGAUCUUCGAUUGAAGCUAUAUUACCCUGAUAUUUGAUCAUGCUUCAAACUAUAUUACUCCUGUUUUCGUCAGUCCAAUCUGUACCACAAACAUCACAGCCAUUUCACUUUUCUUGAUUGUUCUACAAUUCCAGUAAUGUCCCGUUUUCCACGCCUUCAUGCUGGUUUAAAAUGAACAGGGCUUUUGCACAAUAAAACUUAUGUUUCUAUAGCACCUUUAUGACAUCUCUGUACUACGGACCUUUCCUAAUGUAAGGAAACUUUAUUUCUUCUUUAGUUCUUAUAUUCUACAACCCUCUGGAUUGUCGAAACCAUAAAUAUUCCUCUGAUUGUGUUGCAGUAAUCGUCUCUACAACCUCUGACGUCUGUAACGCAUGGGAUGGUACAGACGACAGUCUGAAAUCUGCAGAAAAAACUGACAGCUACGGCAGAAAAAAGGAUUGUUGGUAUUUAAGGCUGAGCGAAUCGAAAAUGAAUGUCGAUAAUCAAGAGAGAUUGGUAGCAAUUAACGCUGUCCUGGAAAACCACGAUGAAAACCACCGAAAGAAUUCCGAAAUUUGCAAGCCUAAGGCUCUGAUACCUGGACACAGACCGUACAAAAUGAUGAUAGACGGGAACUACUUCUCAAACCAUAGAAAAAUUGGGUAUUUUAUACAAUUACCCGGCAACAAAGAAAGGAAACUAUCUAGGUUAAGGAAACUGAUCAACAGAAACUAACUCCUAAUUACACGUUUUUCCCACAGUGCCCUAAUUCGUUUUUUAUCUCUUCCUUUGUUUUUUCAAGUCUCAUUAUUCACCAUUCGGCAGAACACUUUUGAGUUGUAUUUCAUUAUUUGUGCACCUUGUUGGUAGUGGGGAAUUCAUUUUUAUUUUUCUAAAGGUGUUCUUAUGGAUACCGUGUUGUUUUUCUACUCUAAGUUGCCGAACAGAUUAAUGAUUCAUGACGAAAAUUCUGCUGCUAGUAGGAAUCAUUAGGCGCUAAAAUAUGUGAGCUAGAAGUCGCAGCUAACCAGAAGAAGCUUCACAAAGCAGAAAAAGAACGGUGCUUAAACCAACAUAAAUCAAUGUUGAAACAGUGCCUAGAAAGGUGGUCUAUUCCUUUUUGUGAUCUGUAAUCUUUUUUGCUAGUCAAGAGCUUGCAUUUACCAGAGUAUUUUUUGUUUUCAAAGAUUGAAGGACAUGGAAAGCAAGAAUACUAAGCUUCUUGAAGCAUUGCGUAAUUCUGGUUCAGAUAAAAUAUAUGAAGCUUAUGAGUGGUUGCAGGGGCAUCGUAAUGAACUGCGGAAGAAGGUCUAUGGGCCUGUACUACUUGAGGUAUGCCUAGAAAGAGAGUGGCAGUAAUUCAUGUGGAUUACAUUUUGUUUCAUUUAGUUCGUACUUUUUCUUGCACCAGGUAAACUUAAAAAAUCGUGAUUGUGCGCCAUACCUGGAAUCCCAGGUUCCUUACUAUAUUUGGAAGGUACAUUUUUUCAAGUGCUGUUUUUGAGAACUAAUUUAUCUUGUCGAUUUACACAUAGUACAUUCGUUGAAUGGCGGACAGGGUUCAAUGUUUGAACAAUUCAGCAAGUCUGACUGAAAUUCGAAGAGAUGUAAUAACUCAAAGAAGUAAAAAGCUAAUGGAGGAAUAACUGAAAAUAUGGAUUUACGAAAAAAAAGUUAAUUUAUUAUAUAGUAAUUGUGGUAACCACAAGAUUCUCUUAUCUAAUAAAUAAAAUGAACAUUGUUGACCCUGAUGGACAGUGGCACCCUAAUAAAUAUGUACAGAUCUAUGGUCUUUGGUCCAUAUACGAAUUAUGCAAACCUGAUGGACAACUAUACCCUACUGGAUAAAUUUUAGAUGUGUUCUUAUUCCGGAUAUGAAUGACCACAGUUCAUGAUUAUGUUUCUUCAAUUAUCCUUUCAACCUGUCAAUGAAUGUCUUGUUCAGUGGGGAUGUAAUGUGGACAAGAUGCAGUGUUGCCAUCCGUAGCUUGGUUCUUUUCUGUGCACUCUAUCGUAGAGUUUUAGAGCAGACGAGCGGUUUCAGUUCACCCUCUUGCCUCUUAUGGCUUGCUCUCAGCUAGAGUCUCACCGUCAGAGUUGAAACAAGGUAGGGACUCUCCUGGUCUCCGAUUGUGAGAAGAAAUCUAUCCUGAGAAACGUUGUGAAGUGAAUUUGGGGAAGGAUUAUGAAGCCAUGUCUCAACUUUGUGUCUUUGAAAUGGGUAGCUUCGACCCGCCUAGUUGAAACCUUUCAUGAUUCGUAUUGAGUCAGUAAUUUUGAUUUUGUUCGUGCACCCUAUAAACACUCAUUCAAGACAAGCCCCUUUCCGUUUUGGAGUCUUACUUCUCAUAUAUAGUAACUCUUACAAAAAAAAAUGACAAGACACUAGAGCAAGGUGCGCCAUUGGUCAUUGUCUCUGGAAGAAAUAAAGACAUCUAUAUCAUAUCCAUUUUUCCACUGCUUUUUCAUCCAACUCUCAUGCUUUUCUCAUAGUCUCCCCCCCCCCUCUUUUUUCCAAAAUUCAACUGACCAUCAAUGAAAUGUUUUCUCACAGUUUUAUUUUCCUUUUAAACCUGUGUCAUUUGAUGAUUUUAUGAAAAUAUUAUAUGCUUAUCCAUUCUUCUGUUAGUCUUUCGUCACUCAGGAUGCUGCUGAUAGAGAUUUCUUGGUCAAAAACCUCAAAUCAUUUGAUGUUCCAGUUUUAAAUUUUACAGACGAGGGAGGAACCACAGAAAUACCAUUUCAACUGUCUCAAGAGGUAUUAAAAAUUAGUAUUUUAGGGAUAAGACGUUUUUCCUCUAAGCUAUAGAGCUGACGAUUAUCUUUACUCUGCUGAGCAGAUGAAAGAUCUCUGUAUAUAUACAAGGCUUGACCAGGUUUUUGAUGCUCCUUCCGCUGUGAAACAAGUUCUCAACAGCCAGAGUCCUCUGCAAACCUCUGUAUGGUCACUUUCUAAUUCAUUGUGGAAUUCUUAAUGGGUAGUAACCGGAUACAAAUUAUUGAUCUCUAUCAAGUUAUGAAACAAACCGUGCUACCUAGCCAUGGCUUUUAUUGCAUGCAGCAAAGUUUCUCCUGAUAAUAAUUUUAUGGAAAAGUUUCUUAGUGUUUGGUUAUAGCCUCUUCUAACUUUGAACACUUUGUCCUCAGUACGUUGGCACACGAGACACAGAUCAGAGAGCUGAUGAGGUUCAACAACUAGGGAUUGCAGAUCUGUGGACACCAGAUUGUCAUUAUCGGUGGUCUAGGUCCAGAUAUGGCGGCCAUAUUUCAGCAUUUGUAGAUCCAGUACAAAAGUCCCGACUUUUCUUAUAUAGUAAGUAUUUGUAAUCUUGUGUGCUGCUUUCAUCCAUGUUCUCUGCAAAUUUACAUGUGCUCAUAAUACUUCCCUUUUACAGAUUUAGAAGUUGGGGAUGUGGAACGAAUGAAGUCUAGGAAAGAGGAACUUGAAGCCAGCAUAUCACAAAUGGAUGCAAUUUUGAAAUCACUUCAGUUGGAACAGAGGCAAUUAGAAGAUGAGGCAGCUAAACUUCAGAAAAAGCGUGUAUGUGAGCUAAAUUUAGGAUAUAUUUAUCACAGACAUUGUAACUAUGGGUAAUGGGUCACUUCUGUUUCUUGUUAGGAGGAAAUCGUUAAUAUUGGUGCGCAUGAAAAGAGAAAACGGCGUGAACUGGAAAACCGUGUCGGUAUGUCUAUCGAAAUAUAACUUUCCAAUAAAGACGGCUGUAGUUUUUCAUUACAUUAAUCUGCUUUAUUUCUUCAAGUUUUCUACUAAAUCUGAUGGUUCUUUGGAUUUGAGCCAGACCAGAGAAGGAUGCGACUUGAAUAUCUGAGAAAGGAAGAUGACUUAGAAUCUAAUAUAGAAAGAUUAACUGAUCAGGCUUCCCAGUUGAAUCUAGACCGUUAUCAGUUGGCAAUUAAGAUGAAGGUGAAUCUGGAUUGGAUGAUGAUAUCUCGCCCAUUAUGUGCUCAUGUUUAGCUUUCGGUUGUUGUCAUUGUUUUACAUCUCCCAUGGUUCUGUAUGUUCUGACAACUGCUUCCAUUCACCUUUUCUAAAUGUAUGAUUACUUCUUUUCUAGACUUUGCUUAUGGAUGUCAUUUCGCUAAAGCGGCAUUAUGUUGAGAGGCGAAUGACCUCUGUCGACCUUGAUAUACAGGUAAUACUUAAAUGCCUACCUUUCACGUUGUUUCAGGAUUUAAUCUAUUGGUAUGGAACUGAAUACCCAGUAAAAUACCUCACUAAUGGUCACCUCAUAAUUGUGAGACUUCUCUUUGGUUUCGGUUAAGGGUUACUUUACAUAUUCUCGUAAUUGAGCAGUGUCGAGCAGUUCUUUGAAUAAACACCAUUUCCAACAAAACCUUUGAAAUAAUUAGACCACAAGAUUUUUUUUUUUGCUUUUUUGUUUUAACUUUGUAUAUGCCGAUAGUCCUUAUUUUUUCUUUCGUACUUUCUAUCGUUACAGAACCACUUGUGAUUGGAAUUUUCUUUUGCCGUUUCUUGCUGCAGCCGAGCUAUAUAUUUCAGCUAGAUUUUUAAGAGGUGAACUAUUCUGUGGACGUAGGCAAUCAGAAUUUGAAUGUUUAUAAUGUAUGCCUUUAAUUAGAAAGGAUUGCUUCUCCUCUGUUUUCUGCAACUGUUUCCAUUUCUAUGAUCGAAAAAACCUUCAUAUCAAAGUCCUGUCAUCCAGUCUUUUUCAUCUAGAGAAAAGGCAAGAGGAUCACUCUCUUUGUACGAUUGAUUUCUAUUUCUAGGAACGAAAAUCAGUUAUUCAUGGAAAUACUUUGUUUAUUUUACCUUCUUGUUGCUUCUGCUUUAGAUCAAAGACUUGGACGCUAACCUGAAGCAGCAUCGACGAGCAGCUUUACAGGCAUCCACAUAUUAUGACGAGUGUAAGCUGAGAUCUAGAAUACUUCUCAUGAGGAAUACAUGAUUGAUAUAUAUAUAUAUAUAUAUAUAUAUAUGCAGAUGUAUAGUAUCCUUUUUGUUUAAUUUUAGCAAGAAAUUUUAUUUAUGUCGUAUUUUUUGCUGCCGAGAUUUUUUUUCAUCAUCUGCUGUGCGUAAAUUCUCUGCAGAAGUUAUUAUUAUAAUACGUCAUUGGCUGAGACGUUAUGCUAUAAUUUUUGUGAGACGGGUAAAUGCUACAAUGUCCUAAUGGCAUAAAAAGAAGAAUUAAAUGAUUACGAAAGGAAUUUUUUUAGUGGACAUGAAACGUUUCUUCGUUUAUGUAACUAAAAACUAUCACCGAAAGAUUUUUUAGUGAAUGAAACAUUUUAGGAUGCCAUCUGAAGCAAAAAAGGAAAGUAAACGCGUAAAAUAAAAUGAAACUGGUAUUGAUUAAAAUCUAGGUCACAACAUAUUGGUAUAUUGAUUUCCGAUUUACAUUUUAGUUUGAAUUAAACCUUUGGCAUCAUCCCGCUUUUAUUCGGUAGAAAUCUCCAGGGGAUAUUCCUAGUUGUUUUAGUUGAUUCCCAUCAACUAGCCCACAUCAUAGAAACAUUACCGGUAAAUUAUGGAAAGGCAAUCCCAUUUCUUUUCUAAACAUGUCACCGCAAACAUUACACUUUGUCUCUCGAAAGAGUAGCUACUCACAAACUUACCAAAAAGAUUAAUUUUAUUUUUUAUCAAUCAAGUACUGAUAAACAAUUUUCUGUCUCUCUCAUAUUUGAUGUACCCAGAAUAUAAUUUUAAUGCAAGGGAAAAGCAUAUUGAACUUUGCCUUGGAAGAAUACUAGUUCAAACCCUGAUAAGUUAUUGAAUGUCACACUGGCAAUAUUCGUGCAGCGAGUCAGAAUGUAGCAAUCCGAGUCAGUCUGUGCUUCUCUACCCAAACAGGAGAUCUGAUAUUAAAAGGUGAGGGAGGUAAGAGAAGUGAUCAGAACAUAGUCACAUGUGCACGCCUCUCACUGUCUUCAUACUCAAAAAUAAAACUCAUGGAUUCGGUUCCUGGUAGGAAGUCCCAGGUUUUGACUGUGAAUUGGUAGAAAGGAUCCCCUUCGAUGGGAAAAAAUAGACAUUUCUAUGUUCAUUCUUUUUCUUAUCAUUCGGUGUGGAAACAAUGAUAAGUUCUGUUAUUGAUUGCAGAGCUUAUCAGAACAACGUUAACAACUCACGCCCUUGCUAUCCACACUGAAUGCAACAUACUUUUAUGACAUACACUAGAUGACAGGUUUCAUACUUUGAAUAUGUAGUUCAACAUGGUGGCAUACGUAAUGGAAAUCCAUAAAUUAUGCUUGCAGACAAUAAGCAAAUAGAGGUAUAGGUUUUAUACUUAAAAAAUCCUUCAUUUAUGUUUAAAAAACCUUGAAAUGCUUACUCCAUUCAGGCCAGCAUAGACUGUCAUGAUGAAUUUAUAGGAUGUGAUUUUUCUGGUAAACAAUCACUCUAUUCGAGUCUAAAUUAAUCUCAUAGUCGCUGAUUUAGUUGAGGAUCGGAUUAAAACUGUGGAUAAAAGGAAAGGUCAAAAUUAAAUAUUACAACUUCAAAUGGCGGAAUUGAAACAAGAAAGUUAGGAUUAAUCUAAAAGGCAUAAGCAUUGUUUCAAAGUUCAAAGAUAGUCUACGUUUCCAAGACUUAUUAUCAUAAAACAAAUGCGUGGAGGUUUGAAGUUAGAUGAUAAUUCAAAGCUCGAAACCUGCUCAGACUAACAUGGAGGACAAUGGAGAACAGACGAACGGGUAAUUGAAAGUAGCUUUACUUUCCAGUUUCUUAUAUCAGUCAGUUCUUUAAUGACAAAAGGCCAUUACCUUAUACAUCUUCAUCUGUAUGUUGUAUCUUGAUGAUAAAUUAUUUCUUUUCCUCAUGGAGAAAUCAUUGUCUGAAUUGCUGUGUAUUAAUCGUUUGUCAUAUUUGAAUUGAAAUUUUAUGGCAGGCACAAAAGUUACAAAAUCUUUGAAACAAGAACUUUCUGAUGCCAAAUGUCAUGCCGAAUCAAUUGCAAGAAUUACUGUGGAGCUAGAACGGGAAUUCCUUGAGGUGAAACUCCUAUUAAUAACUUUUGUUUCUUGAAGCAUUGGAAUAUCCUUUACUACUCCCAAACUAUCAUUGAACUGUUGCAGCUAUCCAAGAUGUUUCGAUUGCUUUUUUGCCACAGAAGUCAAUGCAAUAUAAUUCAUAUGAUUGUAUUUUUUGGCUUUCUCUUAGUAAUUAUUCGCUUUCAUUCCUCAUAUUCGUUGCACUAAUAUUUUUACACUAUACGUCAAGCCGAAUCAUGUUGAAAGCCGCAUUUAUUGUUCAAUAGAAUCUGUUGAUUCAGAAUAUGAUCUAUUUUCAGAAUGUUAAACACAUUAUAAAUAUAAAUACAAAUUCAUACUAGAGUCUCUGGAAGAAAUAUGGUGCUCUCCUUUUGACAGCAACUCGCCGUUGAAUGGUGAUCACUCUUUCAUCUGCCCAGUAUGUUAGACUAAAGAAUUGAGAAAGAGAAACAUAGAAUGGAGCUUAAUUUAUAAUUAGGUAAAAAGUGUCAAGAAUGAUAACUUUGCUGACGAGGAGACCUCAAGAAACAGAGUGGAUUUUUGAGGUAAGGCCUGAAGACAAUAGCAAAUUAACCUUUGAGAAAAGAAAUUCCAAAGACAACAUUAGAUGCUCGCUCUUUGCAAGAACAAGGAUUGAGGAGGAAUGAAGCUCAAUAAUCAAAGAAUAACUCUCUCUUAAAGUUGUUGGACGAGAUCCUGAAUUGUUCCUGACAUAUUUAAGAAAUGUAGUGUGCCAUCGAUUACCUCUCCCCUUGAAAGUGUUGAGAUUAACUCAACUCGGGGGAGCACUGACAACAAUAUUGAAAACAUCAACGUCAAGGCAGCACAACUGAUCUUCUGUGAUUCAAGCAGCAGGAAUUAAAGAGUAGUUCCUCGAUUUGAUGUAAUAGCUAUUUGCUAGCAUAAAAUGAAGAAUAAACUGAUCAUCCAUAAUAUAGCCAUCAGAUGACCAAUAUCAGUCUGAAAGAGCUUAAGCUCUUAUUUCACGUCAAAAGUAUGCGCAUCAGCAUUGACAGGUCUACAUGCUACCCUAGUAAAGCAUCAAGGUCACCUUUUGUAUCCAUUCCUACAGGUUGUCUAGGAUGCAUUAGGCGGUUAAAAUUUUCAAAAGAUAGAUCGCACAAGUAAAACAAAUCCGAAGAGAGAUUAAGUAGUAUAAUGUGUGUACUUAAUGAUAGUGAGAUUGAAUGAGAUAAGGACAACGAACAGCUGACCUUAAAAAGAAAGGCAUGAAGAUACGGUAUUAGCAAGUUGACCUCUUAAAAGAGAGCCAAUCAACUUGGAAGGAAAUCCCUCUGACAGUAGGAAGUUGGCCUUUUAAUGAAUGAACUAUUCCUAAAAUGGAAACCUCUAAAGGGAAGGGAGAAUCAGAGCUUAAAGGUGUCGGAUGAUACUCUCGAUUUUACCAGAUAAUUGUAAAAUUGGUGUCUUGAUCUCCUUCACUAACCCAAUGUAGAACUUGUUCAAUGUUGGCAAAUUAUUUUUUGUAACAGUUUGAUGAGGCUAUGACUAAUGUGCAUAUACUUAUCUUCGUUAUAAUUGAAGGUUAGGGAACUUGAGGACCCAAAACACACAUAAUAGUAGACAGGGUAACCCUUUCCAACUAUCCUCGAAUCUUUGAUAUACUGAGGAAGUUACUCGAUUGAUUUGAUCUGCCUUCUUUUUCUUUGUUGCUAAAUAUGGAAAACCCCAACUAGAACGAGGUCCCACUCAUGGAAGCCAUAGAGGGAAAUAACUUUUUAUCCUGGAAAAAGUGUCGCACAUCAAUCCCAGUAUUUUGUUCUUCUAUAUACUGUCUAACCGAAAUCAGAAGUUGUCUUGCAGAUGCCUGGCACCAUUGAAGAACUUGAAGCUGCUAUCAUAGAUAUAACUUCUCAAGCAAAUUCAAUCCUUUUCCUCAAUCAAAAUGUUUUGGAGGAGUAUCAAGCACGUCAACAGAAGGUGAUCUUUUGCCAUUCAUCUAAGAACAGUGCAGUAACCCCUGUACGCUGCUUUCUUCUAUUGACUGUUGAUUAUACAGAUGAAUGCUAUUGAGAGGAAACUGGAAGCUGACGUCUGCCAACUAAAUAAAUGCUUAUCUGAAGUAAAUGAGCUUAAGGUAUGUUAAAUUCACCUCAGUCAUUACAUGAUCUGGUCGUUUCUUGUGUAUUGUAUUGUUCCUAUUUGAAUUUUUUUUGCAGGGAGAGUGGCUUCCAACAUUAAGAAAUCUUGUUGCAAAGAUAAAUGAAACAUUUAACCACAACUUCCAAGAGAUGGCUGUUGCAGGAGAGGUUUCACUGGGUAUCCCCAACUAUCUUUUUUGUCUGGGCGUCAUAAACAGGAGGAAUGGGUUCUUAUGUUCUCUUUCAUCAAUCUUAUUGUUCAGAUGAGCGUGAAAUGGAUUUUGAUAAAUAUGGUAUCUUAAUCAAGGUGAAGUUUAGGUGAGUAAUCCUUCAUCUCAAUCACAUCGCUUUCCAAGACUUUAUUUACUGCGCGUGAUAAACUGAGGAUAAUCCUGAACCAGCUGUUCUGUAAAGCUGUUUUUUUUUUUUUUUGGUAAAGAUCAAAUCUUUUAUACGUGAGAUUAAAAUUUCUUUUUUUGUUGUUCAACAGUUAUAGUUUAGUUCACAUCAUUAACUUUCUUCAGCUGAAAGGGAUGCCUCAUUCGUCAGCAUUUGUGGCCCAAUGCAUUAAGUAGGAGGUAGGAUCAAUCCCAGUCCGCCCCACUCAACCAAAUGUCGAUUGCUAUGACAUCAAGGUGCUUGAGCAGGAGAUGAUGGCUAGUGGCCACUACUUUUGCUUAAAUAAAGGUUGUCUAGGUCGUCACUGUGAUCUUCCAUCUGUCCCAGAGGUCGCAUCAUCCCAAUGCUAAGUAGACUAGAAUUUCCUAUUAGUUUUUACAUUAAAAAGCUUAAAGGUUUUAGCAGUUCUCGAGUCAUGUUCGGCAGAGAAGUCGCAGUGGGGCUUGAAUGAGGCCUGCAUAUAAAAGGCGAGCAUGUUCAUCAGUAGUCUCAUCUUUUACUAUAUAUAUUAUUUUCUCCAUUCUCCUCAUGAAAUUUGGUGCUCGCUUUGACACCGCCAAUCUUUCCUUUUCAGACAAACAGGGCAGCUACAGGUGUUGAGCGCUCAUCAUCAAUCAGGAGGGGUGGGUAGCUGCAAAAACUCGAAUGCUUCUCCUCUGUUCUACUCCCCAUGUUUACCUGGCUCUGUUUUCUCUCAAGGAGCGCUCUGUUUCCACCAUUUUGUACCUCGUUUCCUUGCAAGACCUCACAAAUUGCCCUUUCCGAGUCGUCGAUGAGAUCAAUCAAGGUCGGGACCGGAUUUUCUUUUUAAUUUUGUUUUUCUUUUUGUGAUGCUUGAAAGCAUUUGGCUGACAAGUCGAAGCAUAAUCAGGGAUGGAUCCCAUCAAUGAAAGGAAGAUGUUUCAACAGCUUGUGCGGGCGGCCAGCCAACCCACCACACCGCAGUGAGGAAUCCUUCCUCCCACCCAGUUGCCCAAUUCACUUUUUUUUCCCAAUAUGGAAGAUACGAGCAUCGGAUUCUCUCUCUCUGGGUUCAUGUUCUUCAGGUGUUUCCUGCUCACGCCAAAGCUUCUGCCGGAUCUGGAAUACAGCGAUGCUUGUAGCAUUCUGAACAUCAUGAAUGGUCCUUGGAUCGAGAAACCCGCCAAAGGUAUCUCAUCUGUGAGCUGGCCCUUCAUGCAAUUCAUGCUCCCAUGAUCACUCGGUUGACUUAAUGAACUGUCUCAGUGUGGAGGAGCGGAGAGUGCUGGGCGGCUGUGAUGGGUUUCAGGGGAGAAGCUUAG